AUGCUUGUUGUCACGCUAACUCAUGCUCCCUCUAGUCUCUUACAUGUAUUUGUCACCCCUCCUCUGUUGGGCGGACCGUGUACGCGUAUAAGGACACUGGGAGGACUUUCGCCGAUAAACAACUUCGAGAUCAAAACAAUCUACGAGGAACUCAACAGUGGAAUACUGAUCCGCGCUUACACCCGAAAACUAAAGGCCAAUCUUCAUAUUUAUCUGAUCCAAGAUGCUGGCUAA